AUGUCGACGGAGAAGCUAGGCGCAUGGCGGGACAGGACGAAUCUCUUCAUCUCCUACCGCCAAUCCUACACCCACCACCCAGCCAAACCCACCCGACCAACCCACCACCCCUACCACGAUGGCGACUCCGAACGCGCCGGCCUCAUGUCCAACCUAGGCGGCGAUCACAACGACGGCGACGCAGUCAUCGAAAUGGACCUCCUCCCCCCCCGUUGGCUCGACAUCCAAGACGAAAUCUCCACCAUCCUGUCCGGCGUCACCACCAAGAUGCGCAAGCUCGACCACCUCCACGCCAAACACGUCCUCCCGGGCUUCGACGACGAGAGCGUCAAAGACAAAGAAGCCCGCGACAUCGAGAGCCUGACCUCGGAAAUCACCCGCGCCUUCACCACCUCCCAAUCCCGCAUCCGCCGCAUCGACACCUUGCUCGCCGAGCAGCGCGGCCAUUCCCCCACCAACAACAACGGCGACAUCCCCCAAGCCGACACAACCAUGGCCCGCAAUCUCAAAAUCAGCCUCGCGACAAGAGUAAGCGAAGUUAGCACCACCUUCCGCAAAAAACAGUCCGCCUACCUCAGGAAACUCCGCUCCCUCGACGGCCUCUCCACCCCGCUAGCCUCGGAUCGCUCAAAUACACCCUCCGGAGCCCAUCAAAAUCCCUACACCGACCCCGCAAUGAUGGAAUCCGAAACCGACCGCACCACCGCCCAAACCACCCUGCUCCAACAAACCGCGCAAUCCCAAGUCCGUCGCAGAACAGGAAUGCAAGACACCGCCAUCCUACAACGGGAGCAAGAAAUCGAGAAGAUCGCCCAGGGGGUAAUAGACCUGAGUAAUAUCUUCCAGGAACUCAACACCAUGGUGAUAGACCAAGGCACGAUCCUCGAUCGCAUCGAUUAUAACGUCGAGCGCACGGCGGAACAUGUGCAAGCGGCGGAGAAGGAGUUGGUGGUCGCGACGGGGUAUCAGAAGAAGGGGACGAGGAGGAAUGUGAUUUUUUUGUUGGUGUUGAUUGUGGUGGGGAUGGUCAUCUUGCUUGUUAUUAAGCCGAAGGGGAGGGGAGGGGCUGUGACUUCUCCUAAGCCUGCGCCUGUGCUGGGGGAGCCGGCGCCGCCUUUGGGGCCGGGGGGUGGGUUGCCGCCGGAUAAUUUCAGGGAGGUGGUUGGGCGGGCGAGAAGUGGGAGUGGGAGUGGGAGUGGGAGUGGGAGUGGGCGGGCGGCGGGGAGGAGACGGUGGGAGUGGAAACAGCGCAGGCGACGAGGGACUGGAGCGACGCUGUACAAUAGUCGUUCCUCGCUUGUGUCGAUAUAG